GUCACCUCGACAAGGACAAGGAGCAUUGACUGCCUAGGGCUAGGUAGAUAUGUAAGUCAUAAGAUUGUCGAAUAUGCAAUUCUAUGUAUAUAGAGUGAUAAUAUGAAGACAUUGGAUCUAGAUAUAUUUGGAGGCUGUGGUAGCUCGGAUCCUCUUGUACUCUCAGUAUUUGCCUGUUUCACUGCACCAUUUCUUCCUCUUGAUUCAUCCCCACGCAACGCAUGAAUUAUGGCGGAAAUCGAGAUAAGCUGCGAAACUUGUGGGAAAACGGUAGGCGUGACCUUCUGCGAAGGAUGCAACGACUACUACUGCGACGACUGCUGGCCGUCCCGUCGGGCACACCGGAUGAACACUGUUGGGCCGACGGGAAUACCGCACAACAAGCUGGACCCGAAGAUUGUCAAGAAGGUCCAAGAGUGGAUGGCGGAACCGGAAGACGAGAACGAAGAGCAGAAGCAGCAUCAGUUGGAUGAGGAGACCAUCUGGUUCGGCCUGAGCAAUGAUAAGGAGGGUGACCCUAUUCUUGCCGAAUACAGGCGAGUGGCUAUCCUCAUGAUGGAGACGUCGGAGGGAGCCCCCCAAACACGGUAUCCAGGACUCGUGUCGUUUGUUGGUCAGACAAGUGCCGGAAAGAGCACUCUUAUCCGACUUCUAAUCGGCGGGAAUACCUAUGACACGGAAGACAAAGAAUCGCCAGCCAUGUCACUCCCAGUAAUCGGGCGCAGCGAACAGGGACUCGCCACAUCUGCCGACGUUCAUCUCUACGCAGACCUCAGCACCUGCAAAAGCGUACGUCCGAUCUUGUUUGCCGACUGCGAAGGAUUCGAGGGCGGAGAACGCGACCCAACCGCCCAGGUUGUCUUGGACAGCGGGCAAGGCAGUUCUUGGGACCCGCAAGCUAUAACCGCCAACGGGAAAGGUCCGUUGUCGAGAAUUGUUUAUGCUACCAAGAGAGCUCUGCGUUGGGCAUCGAGAAAUGCGGCGGACCACGAGAAGACGGCGAAACGGCAAUUUGCCGUGUCAGAAAUGUACCCGAGGAUCUUCCACGCAUUCUCUGAUGUGAUCGUCUUUGUGCUGAACAAUCCCAAUACGAUGGAGGAUGUUGCAGAAAAGCUACUUCUCUGGGCGCAUUCAAACCACUCUGCCUCCAUCAACCUCCCCAGCAAGCCUCACGCGGUGAUCGCGUUGAACAAAUCUACCAUCUCGAGCUCGGACGACAAAUGGAGCCGGCACAGGGCGACGGAGGAUUUCCUCAAGUCAAUGGAUGCCCAGAUCUCGAAGAACAAGACGUUUGCGGCGUACGCACAAAGGUGGGCGAAGCAGGGCCUGACGAUCACCACUAUGCAAGAGCUCUUCGAGUGCUACUACUCCAGUAUCCAUGUCGUGAGGCUUCCGGAGAAGAGCAGGUACGAGCUGCUCGACAAGCAACGGGAUGUUCUCCGCGAGGUCAUAGAUGACUGUUGCGUAAAGUCUUUCCGAAAGAAAAAGGGCCUCAAGAUGCUCCCUGAUGUCGACCAGUUCCAGAUGUACUUGUCACUGGCAUUCGACCACUUCUCAGAGACCUUGUCGAAGCCAUUCGACUAUGUGAAGGCUUCGUUGAAGCUGCGCCCUCCGCCAGAGACCUUGGCGGACAAUCUUAUGGAGUUCCUUCUCAUGGUUUCUGAGAAACGAGAGCUGAGGAGGGACAUUGAAGCACUUUUCUUGAUGGUAACUGAUGUAGUUGCGUCUUGUAUCAUGCUCGAUUCAGCACGGAAAAGGCAUUUUGGAGGUCCACAAGAAUGGUUUGGGACAACGACCCCUCGAAUCUUGGCACAGGACACACCGUAUCCGACAACGUCACCCAUGAAGCAAGAGGGGGAGUCGUACAAGAGCCUGUGCAAAUACAUGAUGCAAGAGUAUUUCGAAACCCAGUUCUGCUGCACAUUCAACAUCCCGGCCCAGGCCCAUCUGCUCCAGCCGGGCUUCCAGUGCGAGCUGUCGUAUCGGACACACGAUCAGUUCCACAGACAGACGAUGACCAUGGGCUUCGUCAGGGACGUGCCCGGCCGAUUCCUCAGCAACAACUUCAACCGCCGAGACUUCGCCUGGGAGGAGAAGAUCCGGCUGAAGCUCAUCGAGAUGCACCAGAGCGCCGAGUGGAAGGACGGUGCUUCGGGCGAGAUAAGAGCACAGACACACGGGCGGAAUCUUCGCCGCUUCUACGCCCCCCUGUUGGAACUGGGUCUCUUUAGCAACUCGAUCUGCCUCGCUUGCUUGUUCAACCCGGCCCAACACCCGCUUAGCUGCGGCCACCUCGUGUGCGUUGACUGCGCGAUGGAUUUUGGUAGGCUGGAGGGUGGGAUCCGGAUCGUGGUGGAAAACUGCCCGUUGAGUGGCGGGUCGGGACUAUGUAAUAAGGUGUUGGCGAUGCAAAGCUCGCCCACUAUCAUUCAGCUCGAACCGGCAUACUCUGGGCUAAGGGUGCUGACACUUGAUGGGGGAGGAGUACGGGGGAUUGUUGAACUUACCGUGCUGAAAGCGAUCGAGGAUCGGAUAGGUGUCCCUCUCCAGCGAUUUUUCGAUCUAGUAGUUGGAACGAGUACCGGUGGGAUUAUCUCGCUAGGCUUUGGCCAUAGACAAUGGUCCAUCGAGGAAUGCAUCGAGAAGUUCCAAACCCUUGUCUUCGACGCGUUCAAGCCGCGCAGGGCACAGAAAUACUCCGGCAUCAAGCAUAUAGAGAUGCUCAUCAAGAAGAGCAGAUACGAGACUAAGCCACUAAUACAAGCUCUCCAAGGCGCGUUGGGUACCGGCAGGCUAUUCGGCUCCUACGAGGCCCCCGAAAAUCGACCGUUGAAAGUCGCCGUCAUCGCAACGUCCGAGGCUGGGACUAAGCCAUACGUACUAUCCAACUACAACGUUCGGAGGGGUGUACCAAGUCCGACUAGACAUGGACCUACGUUGGAAUAUACUAGAUUCCGGCCUUCGAACCCAGAAGAUGAGCUACAAAUCUGGGAAGCGGGCCAAGCAACAUCCGCGGCGCCGGGCUACUUCAAGCCCUUCAGCAGCACGAACUCGCAGUUCAUGGACGGCGCCCUGCUGCACAACAACCCGAUCGAGAUCGCCGCCGAGGAGGCGCGCAGCAUCGCGCUCGGCCGCAACCUCAGCCCGACGCCCGACAUCGUGCUCUCGCUCGGCACGGGCCUGCAGAACAAGUACCGGCACCAGGGCGACGACAACAACAUCUCCUCGCGCACCCUCAAGGUCGUCGGCAAGGUGCGCCCCGCGCAGCUCAAGGUCCCCUUCUUCAAGAUCCUCUUCACCCUCGUCAAGAACCAGAUCGAGCAGAACCUCGACGCCGAGCGCCGCUGGGACAUGUGGUACCAGCAGGCGGCCGAAGGUAGCAGCGGCAGCGGCAGCGGCAGCCUCGCCGACCGCGCGUACCGCGUCAACCCGGACCUCGGCAUGGCGCCCCCGCUCAUGGACGACGCGAGCAAGGUCACGUUCAUGCUGCAGACGGUGACGGGGUGGGCCGAGACGAACGCGGCGGCGAAGCAGGACAUCACGCGCAUCGCGUGCGCGCUCGUCGCGAGCUCCUUCUACUUCGAGCGCAGGGGCGGGGGCGGGCCCGGCAAGAAGCGCGCGUCGCCGCUGAGCCUGAGCGGCGUCGUCAGGUGCCGCCUGUCCCGCGCCGACGAGAUCCAGGCGCUGGGGAGGUUCCUGGGCUCGGGGGCGCAGCAGCCGGCUGCGCUCGUCGUGCUGGCGAGCGCGGACGGCGCGGGCCAGACCGUGCACAUCCCGGUGCGGGAGAUGGUCGAGGAGGGCGCGUUUGCGGGCGUCGACGUGGAGGUUGCGGUGCCGCACGCGGAGGCACUCACUCGCAUUUCGCUGGUGCUCCCCGGGAUUGUGCAGGGACGGCAGGUGUUCGACAUCAGCGGGUUUCCGCGGAAGCUGAUGAAGUGUGAUUUUGCGCAGGCGGCACAUCUGACCUAGGGGGAACAUAUAUCCAGUACGCACCCAGGUAGGUAGCUAGGUAGGUAGAAGGCGGGUUUACAUCGUUGGAUAUUAUGAGGUACACACACACACACACAGCAUGCUGGCAUGGUAACAUUUGCGGAAUGACUUUAUGAAGGCACGUCAUUUUCAUUUGGGAAUAGGGGGAAAGGCACAUGUGUUCGGCAUCGAGGUAUAUAGUUGGGAAGACGUGCAUUUUUACUCUUGUGUUGUGGCACUAAAUGUGCUUCAUCCUUUAAUAUACCUAGAUAAAGUAUACAAGUAA